CUCCCCCUCCUCCUCUGUCUGUGCCACGCUCCUAGUGAGCUGGCUCUCUCUCUCUCUCCGGCAGCUGUCACAUUCCCUCCAUCCUGUGCUCUUCUACAAACCAUGUUCAGGGCUCUUUUUCUGCUGCUUCUGCUCUCCUCCUCUGCACUGAUCUGGGCGGACACCGAGGAAGAGGAGAGUGAAAAUGUCACGGAUCUCAGCAUUGAGACUCUGGAGAAGCCAGAGUCAUGCGUGGACAGUGUUGAGAUGGGGGACACCAUUCAGCUUCACUAUACGGGAAGGCUGGAGGACGGGCGCGUAAUUGACAGCUCUUUAUCCCGAGAUCCACUUGUAGUGGUACUUGGAAAGAAACAAGUGAUACCAGGUCUAGAAAAGAGUCUGCUGGGAAUGUGUGUUGGGGAAAAGCGCAAAGUGGUUAUCCCACCUGGUUUGGCGUAUGGAAGAAGAGGAUACCCCCCUUCUAUACCAGGUGACGCUGUGCUGCAGUUUGAGACUGAAGUAAUAUCACUAACCAAGCCCACACAGUGGCAGACACUGGUGGACGAUGUCCUCCCCAUGCUCUGCAUUGCCCUUGUGCCCACACUCUUAGCAUUGAUUGGAUACCACCUGUACUCUAAGUCAAAGAUGCCAACUGUGUCCAAAAAGAAAUUAAAGGAGGAGAAAAGGAACAAAGCCAAAAGGAAAUAAAGAACUCUAAUUUUAUCAA